CACCUUUCCUCCUCUCCUCUUCCCUUUUCUCUUGUCUCCUCUCCUUUCUCCUCUCCUCCAGGCCUGGCUAAUUUCUUCCAUAAUGGUGUUAGUCUGAGGAAGGAUGCCGUGUCAGCCAGCAUCCACAGAGUACAGUGUAUCCUCCGCUGGUUUGAGUCGCAGCAGCAGCUGGUCUUCUACGCCAGCUCCCUUCUCUUCGUCUACGAGGGGCUCCCCUCCUCCACCUCCUCCUCAUCCUCCCUUUCGUCCCUUCUCAGCACCCCGUCCAUCAGCCCAACUGCGGGGAAAACUGCCACAAUGUCAUCUGCGAGCGACAGCGGUCGGGGCGGGGAGGGGAAAGCGAGACCAGAAGGGGCGAGGCAGGAAGAGGAAGUGGAAGUGGAGUAUAACAACAACAACAUUCAGGUGCCGGCGCCCUGGGACUGCAGCCUGGCCACCAUUUACACUAACCAUAGGAAAGGUGGCCACCACCACUGUGCCAGGGGUCAUCUCCUUGGCGACGACGAUGCUGUGGAGACGACGGCGAGCCCAGUCCCUGGAGACAACAUCUCAGCUCUGUGUGAAGAAGACAACUCCGCGUGGAAACGAACUGGAGAGUCCCGACAACCGCCGAACGGAAACGGAAACAAAUCACAACUGGAAGGGAAGGACGAGGACGGAGGGAGGGAGGACAGAGGCGGGAGGAUGCGAGAGGAGGAGGAGGAGGAGGAGGAGGAGGAGGAGGAGGAGGAGGAGCUGAAAGGACGGGGAGGCGAUGCAACAGAUGGGAGCGGUGGAGACACGGAGGUGGAAGUCAGGAUGAUCGACUUUGCCCACGUUUUCCCGAGCGAGAGCCACGAUCACGGCUACAUCUACGGCCUCAAACACCUGCUGACAGUCCUGGAGCAGAUCCUCUGUGACGCCGCCUAGAGCCCUCCCCCUCCCUCCUCUAGACCUCGUGACCUGCUCAGUGAACCACCUUCUCCCUUCUGCCAAUGUUCCUCUCUCCUCAAAGGACAGACACCUUCACAGGAGGGAGGGAAGAAUCAAAAGAGUGAAUUUUAAAAACGGAGCCAUCGUCAUCAUCAUCUCACCUGUUUAUGGCGAUCCGUCGGUCCCCUGUGUGUGUGUGUGCGCGCGUGUGUGUGUGUGUGUGUGUGUGUGUGUGUGUGUGUGUGUG